UGUAUGGUCAUACAACAGAGGAGCAGCACAAUUGUGUUCUGUGCCAGCAAUGAUCCCAUGAUCUUUGGAUUAAGUCAAUUUUGAGAUGAUGCCAUUAUUGAUUAUCCUAUUACAUUUCAAAGGAAUCUGAGAAAAUUUUCAGUAUUCCUCAGACUAAAUACCAACCUUUGGAACAGGGUAAUAACAAUGCUUAUUAGUAUUUACCUCAUGUCAAGUUUAAAUAGAAUGAUGUGAUGAUCAUGGUGAAUGAUCAUCUAUUUAGCAGGCAAUAUAAUUGGGUGUUCUAUAGAAAACUCAGUUGUGUGUUUUACAUACAUAUUCAGUACAUGUGCAAGGAAAAAAUAGAUAGUGUACAUCAUGCACUAUGUACACGCAUUCUGGAAUCAUAAGAGUAGAAAAUAGCUUGAAAUAUUUGCCAUUGGUUAUGCACGAGUACUUGUGCAACUGCAGUGGAUUUUCGAUAUUUUCAUCAUUUGUUCACUGCUGAAGUGAUCCCAGCAGUUGCUAAGGAGUCUAUAUAGCAGUGAAAUAUCCCAGAGAUGUAAAAAAUGGGAAAUAAGAGCAUUAAAACCUAGUCUUUGAUAAAUGAGCCGAGUCUGCCCUCUCUUAAAGUCCUCAAAGAUUGGCAGUAGGACUUCACAUUCCUUGCGUUACCUCAAGAUGGUGAUGCCUAACCUAAAAAUCAGAUGGUGAAGGAAGAGCAUCUCCAGCAAAGUGGGGGUGUGGUCUAAGGACGAAUCACAGAACCGCAUGUUGGGAGUGUGUUCCCCUUGGCCAGUGUCUCUUACAGAUGAAGUCAUAUUCCAAUAGCCAUAGUAAAGGGGAAGGUGGAGGGGCCAUCCACUUGCUUGUGUUGGUGACAGAAAAGGAGAAGGGUGAGGUGGUGGCAGAUCUGGCCUAGUGACAGAUAUAUAGUCUUGUUUUAGCAUCAGUUGGUGGAACCAACUCUUCCUCUGCAAACUGCCUCCCUGAGCCACCACCUCCAGGCUGAAGCCAGCCUCCAAGGACGUGUGUGCGUGUGUGUCUGUGUGUGUGUGUGUGUCUGUGUCCGCUGUCAUCCUUUCAGUUAAAGGGAAAUAGAGGGCAGAGAAGAAAGAAAGUGAGAGCUCCAAUUUUCUCUAAAAUAAAGCAGUUCCAGAAAUAGAGAUUUCCUUUGGCUGAAAUAAAUAAAGACAUUGAAAAAAAUCCAAAGCUGCUGUAAACCCUGUUUCUGUUGUCACCUCUGCUGCCGCUGAUCUGUGCAACUGUUAAUGGCUGUGAGGAACUUUUUGAAGAGCACGUACUUUAAAAUACAAAGGUCUUAGCAUUUGAGUGCUUCUCAAAGAAUAUUUUCAUGGACCACCACCUGGAAACUUGUAAGAAAUGCAAAUUCUUGCCACCAGCCCAGUUGGAUUACCUGGAAGUAGGACCCAGACAUCAGUGCUUACCAAGCCUUCCAGGUGAUUCUGAGGUGACAGAUCAUGCAGAUGGGAAACACGUCAUUGCCCAGUUCCACGAAUGGCAGGCCGGAACUGGACUGAUCCUUUCUCGAGCCCGGAAACUGCCGAUCGCUACGAUAUUUACCACCCACGCCACGCUGCUUGGGAGGUAUCUCUGUGCAGCGAACAUUGAUUUCUACAAUCAUCUUGAUCAGUUUAACAUAGACAAAGAGGCCGGGGAAAGGCAGAUUUACCACCGGUACUGCAUGGAGCGAGCCGCUGUCCACUGUGCUCACGUCUUCACCACGGUGUCUGAGAUAACAGCAAUAGAGGCAGAACACAUGCUGAAGCGGAAGCCAGAUGUAAUCACUCCAAAUGGCUUGAAUGUUAAAAAAUUUUCAGCAGUACAUGAGUUUCAAAAUCUGCACGCCACGUACAAGGCCAGGAUCCAAGACUUUGUUCGAGGUCAUUUCUAUGGUCAUCUGGACUUUGAUCUUGAAAAGACUUUGUUCCUUUUCAUUGCUGGGAGGUAUGAGUAUUCAAACAAAGGAGCUGACAUCCUCCUAGAAUCUUUAUCCAGGCUAAAUUUCCUGCUCAGGAUGCAUAAAAGUGACGUCACGGUGGUGGUGUUUUUCAUCAUGCCUGCCAAGACAAACAAUUUCAAUGUGGAAACCCUGAAGGGCCAGGCAGUGCGCAAACAGCUAUGGGACAUUGCACAUUCCAUGAAGGAAAAGUUUGGACAGAAACUCUAUGAUGCCUUAUUAAAAGGAGAAAUUCCUGACAUGAACAAUAUUUUGGAUCGAGAUGAUCUAACAAUUAUGAAAAGAGCCAUCUUUUCAACCCAGCGACAGUCUUUGCCUCCAGUCACCACUCACAACAUGAUCGAUGACUCCAGUGAUCCCAUCCUCAGCACCAUUAGACGGCUUGGGCUUUUCAACAGCCGCACAGACAGAGUCAAGGUGAUUUUGCACCCAGAGUUCCUAUCCUCCACGAGCCCAUUAUUACCCAUGGAUUAUGAAGAGUUUGUCCGAGGUUGUCAUCUUGGAGUAUUUCCGUCUUACUAUGAACCGUGGGGUUAUACUCCAGCUGAAUGCACCGUGAUGGGCAUCCCCAGUGUGACAACCAACCUUUCUGGCUUUGGCUGUUUCAUGCAGGAGCACGUGGCUGAUCCGACUGCAUACGGUAUUUACAUCGUUGACAGGCGGUUCUGCUCUCCAGAUGAUUCCUGCAAUCAGCUGACUAAGUUUCUCUAUGGAUUUUGCAAACAGUCACGCCGCCAGAGAAUUAUCCAGAGGAACCGAACUGAGAGGCUCUCAGAUCUUCUGGAUUGGAGAUACUUGGGCAGAUAUUACCAGCAUGCCAGGUACCUGACAUUAAGCAAAGCUUUUCCAGAUAAAUUCCAUAUGGAACCUACAUCACCACCAACGACAGAAGGAUUUAAAUAUCCCAGGCCUUCCUCAGUACCACCUUCCCCUUCGGGGUCUCAGGUCUCCAGUCCUCAGAGCAGUGAUGUGGAGGAUGAAGAUGAGGACGAGCGAUACGAUGAGGAAGAGGAGGCGGAGAGGGAUCGCUUAAACAUCAAGUCACCGUUUGCUCUAAGUCAUGUUCACCACAGGAAGAAGAAGCUGCACGGCGAAUACAAGAACUGAAGCCCACGCCUCCCGACAGGGCUAACGUAGUAAGAACACAGUAAGAAUGAAUAUUUAAAGAAAUGAAAAUGCCCCCAAUUUCAUUUUCUUCUAAGUAUUACAACGGAAUUUAUUUUCUGCCGAAAAAGUGGAGGAGAUUAAGUGAUGGGCAAUUUUGUAACUUACAAUAAAAUUCAUGUUAUUGUCCCCAACUUCUUUUUCCCCAGUAAAAUUAGGCAUGGGAAAGAGUGUUAAUUGAGGGAGGAAGACUGGAAGUGUUUUUUGGUUUUUGUUUGUUUUUUUUGUGAGGAAGAUUGGCCCAGAGCUAACAUCUGUUGCCACUCUUCCUCUUUUUCUUUUCUCUCCCCAAAGCCCCCCAGGACAUCGUUGUAUAUCCUA